GUUUCCUGUGCCUAAACGCUAUCCGUAUUUUGAGCGCGUUUCUCUUGUUUAGCUCUAUCUUAAUUUCCUGGGCGAGCAGCGGAGUGUUUGCUCAUAUUUAACAUGAACGCCCCUCCUCAGGCGGAGCAGGACGAUUUGAUCUCCCAGCUCUGUGGUGUUACGGGUAUUUCCCCUGCGGAGGCCAGAGAAUACCUAGCAACAAAUAACUGGGACAUACAUGAUGCACUCGCGGAUUACUAUCCUGAGCAGGACGAUAACAUGCGAGACGACUUGGAGUCUGAUGAUGAGCCAGCACAGUCUUCAGGCGGCCGAACUCUUGGCGGCACAGCGCCUCCUCCCUCAUCCGAACCCAAUGUGCGGAGAGCUCCCAGGAAGAAGUUCGCAACGCUCGGCGAUCUAAGCUCAGGUGAUGCCAGGGCUCAUGAUCAUAGUGAUGACGACAGUGAUGAGGGGCAAGAUAUGUUUGCUGGAGGUGAAAAAUCAGGACUGGCUGUCCAGAACCCCGAUGAUAUCAAGCAGAAGAUUAUCGAGAAGGCGAAAAGGGCUGCACCAAGACCAGCCGACGAAAGUAAUCCUAGAAGAUCUUAUUUCACCGGAGCCGCUCGUACUCUGGGAGGCGACGAUACGCCAAGCCAAUUCAUUCCAGACCCAAAUGCGAAUCACCCACAACGAUCCCCCCGAGUUAGUCGAACGCUUCAUUUUUGGGCAGAUGGAUUUUCUGUGGAUGACGGCGACCUCUACAGAUCCGAUGACCCCAGAAACCAGGAGAUAUUGAAUGGUAUCCGACAAGGGCGUGCACCACUCUCGAUAAUGAACGUACAGGCUGGACAAGAGGUUGACGUGGAGAUAAAGCAACAUGAUGAAAAAUACGUGAAGCCAAAACCAAAAUACAAACCGUUCUCUGGAAGCGGACAGCGACUUGGUAGCCCAACCCCCGGUCCAGGGACCCAUUCUACUAACCUUGUGUCCGAAUCAGCAGCGGAAGACCCCGCAGGACUAGCAGAUCCGAAAGUAGAUGAGUCGCAGCCUACGGUUACAUUUCAAAUACGGUUGGGAGAUGGAACGCGGUUAAGCACCCGGUUUAACACAACAAAUACAAUCGGUGAUGUAUACUCGUUUGUGGCCGCUGCGAGUCCUGCCAGCCAGCAACGGCCGUGGGUGUUGAUGACCACAUUUCCUAGCACGGAGCUGACUGAUAAAAAUGCGGUCAUAGGAGAGCUCAAGGAGUACAAGCGUGGGGGUGUUGUGGUACAGAAAUGGACGUGAGCAUUUAUAAUCUUGAUGUGAUAUGAAUCUGAAGAAUGAUCCGCAUUUUUGCUUUGACAUUGUUUUUGUUGGUGGGUUUGAAUAUCCACUGCAAUGGGACAGGUGGAUGUGACGGGAAUAAACAGGGAGCGAGGUUUGAUGACCAUAGAUAGAACGAUAAAAUGUAGAAACGGCUUGUGAGUUGUACAAAACGAGGCAACUUCCGUCAGAAAAACAAUCGUCGAAGCUGUGAUUGUGGUCAUUUGAUGUAAGCUAUCAUGUUUCCUGCUGCUGAUACUAGUGCUGUUUGUUGUUGAUAUGUGGCGGAGGUGGAGAUGUGCUGCGAAAUGACGCCACCCCAAAGCUUGAUAAUCCUGGACCAAAAAAAAAUGGAAUACAAUCAAAGCAACACCACCACCGACAGCAAUGAAAACAGUUCUAAAC